UCAAAAGAAAAUUGUGCCCUGAACCCAUUCCACGGAGAGGUUCACUCUAGCCCUGUAGAAAUCAGUUUCUCGCCCUCUUUCUAUCUUCCAGGCAGCACGGAAGAGACGCUCUUGAUGGCUUCUCAUCCACAUGGUGACGGGAAAAGGCCAGCCAUGCAUCCAGCUCAGGACCUCAGAUUGCCAAACCAGACCUCAUAUCCUGGCUGGAGGAGGAGGAAGAAAAGUUUCUUCUGGGCUCUAAUGAAGAGGAGGAAUUGGCAGCAGGAGGCAUGUGGCAGUCGGCAGAUGAAAAAUCUGAGCUUCCGGUAACGGGAAAAGGAGACACGUGUUUAAAUGUGAAAGAGAACGCUGAAUAUUGUGAUGGUCCAAAGAAGGAGGAGGGAAUACAGCCGCCUGAGAGGAGGAAUACUUCUGGUCUUUUACAGCUCGAUGGUUCUCAUGAAAUUCCUCAACUUCAAGAAAAGUACAAACAAGUCAAUAGAAAUGAGUGCCCAGCAAGUGGGGUGAAAUUCCCUGAAAAAUCGGAUAUUAAUAUAGACUGGAAAAUCCAUAACAGAAAGAAAAUGAAUAAAUGGCUGAACAGCAGAAAAAGUCUCACUCAGAAGGAAAACCUUAUUUCCCAUCAAAGAAUCUAUAAUGGAGAAAAGCCAUAUAAAUGCCUGGAGUGUGGAAAAACCUUCAGUCAUAGUGGAUGCUUCACUUCCCCUGAAACAAUUCACACAGGGGAAAAGCCAUAUAAAUGUCUGGAGUGUGGACUUUUGGAGGAAGAGGAGGAGGAAGGAUCUCAGGGUGCAUCGGGGGGUCUUGGAGAAAUAUCCAGCUCCUCCACACACCAACCUUUUGGGGCUGCCCCUGAACCUGCCUGCAGUCCACUCCUCACUCUCUCCGCCUGGCCCAGCCCCACACCUCAGCAGUUAAGGUUCCAUCCUGCUCUUGACCCACCAACUCUCGGUCGCCGUUUCAAUCCCACAGUUUGGCAGCACUUCCUAAUCCUCCCCAAUGACCCCUGUUCGGCAUAUUGCCGGGCCUGCAAUGCUCUGGUGCGUAGGGGCUUGGACCCCAAGCACCUGUCGUCCAGUGUCCUCCGCAGGCAUCUACAGAGGCAUCACCCAUGUUUGUUGCCUGCAGAGCAAGGAGUACCAUCCAGCAGGGGGAUGAAGAGGGCUUCUGAGCAGGGAGAAGGGGGAGGGGAAUGGGAGUCCACCCCGAGGAAGAAGAUGCACACUGAGGGUGCUGUGGGUGGGAGUGGAACUUCCAGGCAGGCUACCCUUCAGGAGGUUGUGCCUUCGGAGUCAUCUAUGCGAAGCAAAAAAUUCAGGGGGAGGGCGCAGGAGGCGGGUACUCGUGUACUGUCUGAGAUGAUAGCUCUGGACGGACUACCUUUGUCCGUGUUGGAGGGUGUGGGCUUUCGCCGGGCGCUGCGUUAUUUUGCCCCCUGGUUCACAAUGCCCUCGCAGCGGACUGUUGGCCGACGAGUCUUGCCUGCGCUCAACAACUGUGUGGCAGAUAUGAUCAGGAACCAGUUGGCCAAAGCACAAGGGCGGCCCGUGCACUUUACGGUGAACCUUUGCGACCAAAGCUUCCUCGCCCUCACUGCCCACUGGUGGCAACCGGAGGAUCUCUGGACCACCAGGGUAAAAUCACGGCCCCGGGAGGAGGGGCCAACCCUGCCACCGGGCUACAGAGUGGUUCUGCUCCAGGCACGGUGGAUGGAAGAGGACCACACAGGGAGUAACGUUGCUGCUGUGAUCAAGGCUGGACUGAGGGAGUGGGCACCCGCAGGCGAUGUUGUCCGUGGCUACAUGGUCACGGACACCAGUAGAAACAUGGAGGCAGCCCUGAAAGCCGUGUCCCUUGAGGGCAUUGUCUGCCUGGCGCACAAGCUGCACCUGGUCAUGAGGGAUGCUCUUGGGCUGGGUAGCACCAUCAAGCCCACCUGGGACCAGGGAACAUUGGACACGCGCACCUUGUUGGACAGUUGCCGGCGUCUGGCUGCCCACUUUUCCAGCUGCAUUAAUUCUUCUCGCAAGCUGCAUGAGAGGCAGGGGGAGGAGGGGAAUCCCGAGCACCAGCUCUUGGAAGACAUGCCCACCCGUUGGAACUCCACAUAUGUAAUGAUCGCUCGUCUGGUGGAGCAAAGAAACAUGGUGCAGGAUAUCAUGUCCUCUGUGCCCAUUUUGCAGGGGAAAGAGAAGCUCAGCAUUAGCUCCAUAGACUGGCUGGCCCUCUCCCAAAUGGUCCGUGUCCUGAAGCCUUUUCAGGACACUACCGAUUUCCUCUGCUCCUACACGACCAGCCUGGGGCAAGCCAUCCCCCUAAUCCGCGGGUUGGACCGGGCGCUGGCCAAAGAACUGGAGCAGGGGGAAGCUCUGCUCCCCAGCGUCAGGGACUUGGUGAGGAGGUUGCAGGCAGGCAUGGCCACCCGCUUGCAUCCUCUCUGCCAAGAGGGGGUGUACAGACUGGCCUGCAUCUGUGACCCCCGUAUAAAGGGCAGCAUAGCCAUGCGGAAUGCUGAACUCCAGCAAUGGAAGCAGGACCUCUGUGGAGAGAUACGGAGGUUCCAGGCAAAACGAUCUGGCCAGAGGGAAGAGGGCAUGGAAGAGGGAUUGUUGGCGGAGGAGGAGGCAGAUCAGCCCAGUGCUCCAGGCGAUGAGAGCCCACCCAACAAGGACCCCCUCCUCUACUGGUCCUCAGUGGUGAGCUGGGAGGUUGGCGUCAUCGGGGAGGCCAAGCAUGCCCUUGUGAAGGACUCGGUGGAGGUGAUGGUGCGAGAAUACCUCACUGAGCCUCCCGAGCCCCCUGACUCCAAUCCCCUGGAGUACUGGGUAUGCAAAGCUGCCAUCUGGCCAGACUUGUCAUCUGUGGCCAUGAACCUCCUCUCCUGCCCACCCACCAGUGUCCAGAGCGAGCAGGUAUUCUCCCACCUGGCAGACCUCCUACAUGCCCGCUGCUCACGACUGGACCCAGCCCUAGUGGAUCAAUUGGCCUUCGUAAAGGUCAACCUCCCCCUGCUGGGCUACCCCUCACUGGUCCUUGGGCAUUGAAGAUCCAGGAAUCCCCCCCUUGGAACCUUUGCCCCCUCCCACCAGCAGCUGUCUGGGGGUAUCAGGGCUCUGACCCCAUCCCAGUCUCUGUGGCUCCUCUUUACAGCACCUGUCUUGGCUGGGAAGUGUUGGGAUAUAGGCUGCAACAUCUGAUAUUCGUUCAUUAUGGGCUUAAUGUGUUUACCCAGGGUGCUGUUGUUUGUAUUGACCUGGAAGGGAAACCUGGCAGAGAGCCAAUGGCCUUAUCUCAAUGAAAGCCCGGGAAACUGAGAAACUAUUAUUGGUCAAUAGCUCAGGUGAUUUCCUUUCUAGGGUCAUGGAGAAGGAUCUCUGUUACUAGCAUGACCCAAGUUUGUACUUUGCAGCCGCAAGAUGUAGGGGAUCCAUUUGUUUUGUUUUGU